AUGCCAAAACCUGAUCCUUGCGAAAUAUUAGCUCAAAAAAUUAUUAGCGGAAACUAUAAAAAUGUCAUAGUCUUAACGGGAGCUGGAAUUUCAACUGCUGCUGGAAUUCCAGAUUUCAGAUCUCCGGCAAUUGGUAUAUAUGCAACCUUAAAGUCAGCUUCUAGAUUGAAAUUUAGAGAUCCGACAUUCGUUUUUGACAUUGAUGUAUUCAUGGACGAUCCAAAACCUUUUUGGUGGAUAUUUAGUCACCUUUGGCCAAAAGAUUUAUGGCCGAGACCCACCGAAAUGCACUACUUUAUUGGUUAUCUAAACCAACUCGGUGUAUUAAAGAGAGUUUACACGCAAAACGUUGAUGGAUUGGAAAUACCAGGAGGCCUUCCAGAAGAUAAGCUUGUCCAAUGUCAUGGAGCCCUUCCAACAUGUCAUUGCUGUGAUUGCCAUGCUGCAGUACCCUUAGCUGAAUGUUUACGUCAAAUUCAACCCAACUUUGAAAACAGAAGACUCAAUAUGACUAAUGCUGUUGUUCCACAUUGUCCAAGUUGUGAUGGUGAACAUGUUAAACCUGAUGUUACAUUUUUCGGUGAAGCGAUGCCAGAUAGAUUCGAACAAACUUUGUAUGAAGACUUCCACAGUUGCGAUCUUUGUAUAAUUACUGGAACAUCCCUUGGUGUAUAUCCAUUUGCAGAUCUAGUUGAAGAAGUUCCAGCCGGAAUUCCAAGAUUUGUCAUCAACUAUGACAAGGUUAAAGCGAAAGGAGGGAGAUUAAGAGAAACAUGGCAUGCAUUCAAGUCAUGGUUGACUUUUGGAUUCUUUAAUUACUCUGGAGUUUUUGUAUACGGAAAAGGAAAAGAUUUCUUCAUCGGAGGCGAUUGCCAAGAAGCCGUCAAGAAAAUUAUUGCAAAAGCUAAUCUUCAGACCCAAUUUGAAGAAUACAAAGCUUCAUGUGCAAAUAUCCCAUAUCCUUUAAGAGCUGCUGCUGAUGAUAAUCAGCAAUAA